AAAUGUCAAGUGUCAAAUGAUAAAUAUGGCUGUUUAUUGAAAAUCUCAAUAUUUUCAUAUCGAUUACUCCAAACAUUAAAUGAAUCUACAUAGUUUAUCUUAUUAUUGUUUCACAUGAACUAAUUUAAUGAUUUUAAGUGUUAAACGUUAAAAUAUUAAGAUGAUUGAUAAAGAGCAGGAGAGUGUUGAAAGAUUCAGAUGCUUUUUCGACAUAAGCAUUAGUGGUUUACCGUCGGGAAGGAUAUUAUUUGAAUUAUUCAAUGAUGUUGUUCCAAAAACAUGUGAAAAUUUUAGAUCAUUAUGUACUGGUGAGAGAGGGUUGGGAGCUACAACAAACAAGCCACUUCAUUACCAGGGAGUACUUUUUCAUCGGGUAGUCAAAGAUUUCAUGAUUCAAGGUGGUGACUUUUCCAAUGGAAAUGGUACUGGAGGAGAAUCAAUAUAUGGUGGAACAUAUGAAGAUGAAAAUUUUGAGUUGAAACAUGACGCAGGAUACUUGCUUUCGAUGGCAAAUCGUGGUAAAGAUACAAAUGGUUCUCAGUUUUUUAUUACAACACAACCGGCGCCCCAUCUCGACAAUGUACACGUGGUUUUUGGACACGUUGUUAGUGGAAUUGAUGUGGUACGUUUAAUUGAAAACCUUCCAGUAGAUGCCAACAGCAGACCUCUGCAAGAUGUUAGAAUUGUCAAGUGUGGAGAAUUAGUCAAGCAAGUGAAAGUCCGAAAAGAAAAGAAGAAAAAGGUCAAAGAAGAAUCUGAUGAGAAUGAAAAGGAAAAGAAAAAACAUAAAAAAGAUAAAAAAGAAAAGAAGAAAGAAAAAAGUAAAAAAGCUCAUUCCAAAGAAGAGGAGAAAAACCUGCAUCCAUUGGCUAUUGUGACUAACAUCGAUCCUGAAGACAUUCCUGAUGUCCCAGUGAAUAAAUUUUUGCUUAGAGGUAAUGCUUCUAAGGAUGACAAAAAUAUGAAAGAUGAAUCUAAAUCCUAUAAGGAUCGAAGAGAUAAUGACAGAGAUAACAGUUUUAGAGGAAAUAGAAGAAACUGGGAUAAUAGAACGUUCAAUAGAAGGGGCCCAUUGAAAACCAAAAGUGGAAGAACCAUAAAAGGACGAGGAAAAUUUAGGUUCAGAACUCCAUCUAGAAGUCGUUCGAGAAGUGUAACGCCUCCGCAUUGGAGGAAAGAGGAGAAUAGGGUGAUCAAGAUGUCCGAACUUGCUGAUCGCAAGAAUCAGGAACAAGAAAAGGAGAAAAUUCAGGAUUCGCGGCGGGAUCAGGUGAGGAGCACUUACACUCCAGAGAAAAAACCCGACAGAUCCGUCGACUACAACGCUCUCGACUACGAAGACCAUUCGGACAACGAGUCUCGUCCUAGGAUUAAGGUCCCUAGCCUGGUGCAGUACUCCUCGAACUCCAACGAACAACGGGCAGAUUCUGAAAAGCAAAAGGACAACGAGGAGGAAGAUAUUGGACUGAUUGAACGUAGUCAAUUUUUGGCAGAAGCUUUGGGAGUUCAAUUGAAGACUGGGCAAGAUCAUCAAGACAAAACAGAGCCUAAACAUGGAAUGGCCGCCAAUCAAAAAACAAAGCCCAUCGUUUUACAUGCGAAAAUAGACGUUCCCAAUGAAAUGGGUAGGGAUAGAAGAAGACGCUCCCUUGACAACGCACCACAGGAGGAAAGAGGAGGCAGAAACAAGUUUGAGACAGAAAAGCCAGUGAACUUGAAUGCUGGCAGAAAUUAUCGCACCAAUGGUCGCCAAGAUGACACCCGAAGAGCGCCAUUCAGAAUGGGACGAGAUUUCAGGUCAAGGCAUGUUCCAAAGGUCACGUAUCAAUCUAGGGACCAUAGGAGUUUUCGAUCGAGGGAUGCCAGAGACCGCAAACGGAGGCGCUCUAGAGACAUGUCGCACGAAAAUCGUCGCUCAAGAUCUCCUCGAAGACGUUCUUCUUCGCGCCGAAGAACUCCCGAUUUAAAGAAAGAGGACAGAGACAAUAAAUCUGUUGAUGUAGGUAACAAGCGAGAAGAAAAGCGUAAAGGUUCUCCACGGAGGGAUAAAAGUGACGAUCGGAAGACCCCAGAGAAAAAUGCUACCGAGGACAAAACACCGGAGAAAUCAAAUAUCAAGAAAAUUCUGAAAGCAGUUGAACCACUCAAGCCAACGGAUAGUACUGAAGAGAAGUAUAGGAAACUGUUGUUGAUCAGACAAAAGGUAGAAAUGUUGGAGAAGAAGAGGAAAGAAGAAGAUCAUCAAAAACGCUUGGAGGAAAAACAGAGAAAAGUGAAGGAAGAAGCAGAAAUGUUAGAGAAGGCAAAGCGCGCCAAAAAGGAAGCGCUGGAGAAAGAGAAGCUAAUGAAAACGUACAAAGUGUUACAAGAAUUAGAUAAAAGAGUUGGUGGUGCUCCAAAAAAUAAACGAAGAAGCAGUAGUAGCAGUAGCAGUUCUAGUAGCAGUAGUGAUGAUAAUCCCCCUCGUAGAAAAUCUAGACGAUCUUCUUCUGGAACUAGACAAGAUAAAAAAAGGUCUAGGAGAAAGUCAUCCAGUUCCAGUAGUAGUGAUUCUUCUAGACAAAGAAGUUCUUCGAAGAAGAAGCGCUAAGAUUAUUUUUUUAUGUUUGUCUUAUCUAAAGGGCCAUAUGCUAACCAUGGAGCAUUGGCUAAUGUGUCUCAUCAUUGUCAUUUAUUGAUGAUCUACAAAUUUGUCAGAUAUAAAUAAGUUGAAUAAAAAUUAUUUGGUUUUCUA